UUAACGAACGGCCAAUUGGUAUUCAUCCGACGAGUCCCAGCGACGACACAUAUCUUAGCCCGAAUCACUUGCUUCUCGGUAGAGCGUCGGCAAGAAUACCCAGUGGACCAUUUAAGGAAACGAAGAACGAAAGGUUGCGCUUUGAAUUUGUGCAAAGAUUGGUGAAUGCGUUCUGGAAACGAUGGAUCCGUGAUUAUUUCCCGAGCCUAUUAAUACGACAGAAAUGGCAUGUUGAUAAACGAAACGUGUGUGUCGGAGACGUUGUUAUGAUUCAAGACUCGAACAGUAUUCGUGGACAAUGGAAAGUUGGUCGCGUAUCGAAAGCCUUGGUUGAAGACGAUGGAAGAGUACGCAGGGUCGAAGUACAGUACAAGUGUUUGCCAACGAAAGAGACAAAGGUAUACAAAGGACAAGCUUAUACGACAAUCGAAAGGCCUGUGCAAAGAUUGGUUGUAAUUGUUGCGGCAAACGAAUCGUUUGAAAGAGACUACUACCUUGGUUCGCAAUAAUUUGCUGCCCGGAGUGUUUUGAUCAGAUAAGUUUGUAAUUGCGAACUUGGGACUGGGAAUAGAUUUUCCCGCCAAAAGAAAACAUUAGAAUAAUUAAUUAGUUUUGGUAUGCAUGCUAGCUUGUAGGUUGAAAUUUAUAUCUCCGUUGAGAACUGUUUGGACUGGUUUAUUCUCCGUUGAGAACUGUGGAAGCUGUCUCCGGCGAGACAUAUAUACAUGACUUGGACUUAUGAGAGCCCAUAGUGUAAGUACGUUAAAUAAUGCGUCAUUUGGCCUGUUGUUAUGUGGGAUUAGGGGUAAUUAUUUAUGUAAAUUCAUAUUUUGUUCGUAGGUUCGAAACCUUAUUACGAUACUGUUUACGAUAUUGUGUGCCUCAUUUAAAUUGACGAAAUAAUGACAUGCACGGGUGAGUUUUUCAAAGACCUCAAAAUAGCACGAGUCCGACGGACGAGUGCUAUUUGAGGUCUUUGAAAAACUAAUUACAAGUGCAUGUUUAUCCAAAUUUCACGAGAAACCAUGCUAUUACCUAUUAAUAAUUUACAUAAAAAUGUUCGAGACAAUUGUAGUUUUAACUUACGUUUUUAAUAAAGCGAACAUUCCACCAGCAAAGUUUUUCUGGCUUUGUUAUAUCACCGACAAUACAACGCUAACAGCUUGAAAAUUUCACUCAACUAUGUAAGUUUUUGUUAGUCUUGUUUAAAGCAAAGGCUUUUCAAUUUAAAAGAAAGGAUAAAAGCCAUAUUUUUCAACCGAAGUCAACUUUCACUUCUUGUAGCGCGGCUCCAUGUUUGUUUGUUUUGAAGCAAUCUCUGUGACCGUUACUUCUUUAAACUAAUCUGCUUUAAACUGAUUUGUCGAUUUAAUCAUUACAAUGUUUUUCUACCAAUCAGAUCAGUUUGUUACAGAUUUUGCACUGUGAUUACAGAAAUCAAACAUGCAUGACGCCAACUGACCCUGAUCGUCUAUGGCCAUCAAAGCCUAACGCCCGAUUUCUAAAAGCUCACGGACACUCAAUGAGUGGUGAUUCAAUCUGAGCUUCUAUUGAGUGACACUGCUGUUUUUAGAUAACUGGAGGGUGAGUAAUCACAUGGUAAGGUACGACACUAACCUUCCAGCUAUUCAAAAACAGCAUUGACACUCAAUAGAAGCUCAGAUUGAACCUCCACUCAUUGAGUGUGAGUGUGAGUGCGAGUGAGCUUUUAGAAUACGGUCGUGAAGUCUCAAAUCGGAAUCUCAGUUCAAAUCGAGACUCUGAUUCCAGAUGACGAUAGAAAAGUCAUUCAAAACAUUACUUCUCGUCAAAUGCUUGCUUUUAGUUCAAUUAAACGCUGCGGGAAAUCUAGACGCGUUCCUACUGUUGGUAUAUAGGCUACUUGCAUAUCUUGCUGUCACUUGGCGUUAAGCCGGGUACAGACGAGUAAGUUUUCUAUGACAAGUUUUAUGUGACAAGUUUUAUUUGCUCGUCUGCAUGUGCAAUUUUGACAAGUUUUUCUAUGACAAGUGCACUUGCUCAAAAGCUAGCAUUCUAGCUUUUGAACAAGUGCACUUGUCAUAGAAAAAAUUGUAAACACCUUUUUCUGACACGUUCACACCAGUAUAUAAAACUUGUCAUAUGAAAACUUGUCAUAUAAAAUUUGUUGCAUAUACACACGUGCACAUGGCAAUAAAACUUGUCACAUAAAAACUUGAUCCUUAGAAAACUUGCUCGUUUGUAACCGGCUUUAUAAUAUUACGACGACUAGUUAUACACUAUAAUAGUUUUGUUUGGGGAAACACCACGUAAAUUUAUCACUGCAAAGCUUUCGAUUCGUAAGCCCGGAUAUUCAUCAGUGCUAAUAAUAUGUAACUUACUGUUCAAUGCCCUUUUUAUAUACAAAAGUGUCGUGAUCUGUUGGCUCGCGUCAUUUGAAACUUAAUUAUACACUAUAUAGCUAGCUAGUAUUAAUUAUUGAAAUGAUUUAUUAAUUGUUGUAAGACGUGGACAAAGCGUUCUGCACUGCUGAAAUGGCACUUAUCUCAUACCUUAAUUUGUCCGAGCGAGCGAAGAUAACCAGUGUGUAUCAGACAAGCAUGAAACCAGCGAAAACAUUCACUUCCCACAAAAUAAACAUUCAAACCUAUUUAAUUAAGCCAUGCGAUAAAAUAUGCACUUUCAAACAGCCGAAACGGAUAAUUGAGAAUAAUUCGAUUAUCAUGCAAAUAAACUAAAAAUUAUUAUGCGACAGAGAAACGUCAUUAUACUGUACAGGGUGUCUAAAAAAAACCCAAAAUCAUUGAAAUAACGUAUUGUUCGAAUUUCAAUGCCGUAACACAAAGGAUUUUGACAGGGUGAUUAAUUUGUUUUAAAAAAUUAAAAUAUCUUUGUAAAGUGAACGUUUGUUUGCUCAUGGGAAUUUAAAAAUGCUUCGUAAAUUCGUGGGUUUAGUACUUUAUGCCUGACAUAUCAAGUUUACGCUGAGUAUUACCAUUCAUUAUAGCAGUUAUGUCAAUCUUUUAUGCACUCGUGGGAUUAACUUAGUGCUAGGGCAUUGAAUAUCGAACAAUACGUCAAUUUCAAUGAUUUUGGUUCUUUUUGAGACACCCUGUAUAUUAUUGUGUGAAUGCAAUUAAACCUCUCGAGUCGUUAUGGAUGGUGCUGCACGCCAGUAGGAAUAUCAUAAAGGGUGCAUGUAUAAAACUGAAAGGUAAUCGAAUUUCAGCGCGCUAUUGUACAUGAAUUACUCGGCGUAUAUCAUAUUUGGAAAGAUCAGGCUUUUAACUAUUGAAUGACCACAGGAAGCCCAGGCUCGAUUUGCCCGCGCCCGCGGAAGGGGAAGGAAGGAAGGAAACAUUGAGACCAAAAUAGCCCAGACUUGGCAUAUAACGAAACUAUCCUCGAUUUUUCGAUUUUAGGCUAAUGCAUUUCUUUCACAAUUAAUCGAUAUCCCCUGCAAGAAUGAUACCGUAUAACUCUCAGAACAACGAUGCUUAAAUCAAAGAGCUUAAAUUCGCUCUGAAAUUCGUGAGGGAAUAACAAAAUUCGGCCAAAAUAUAUCCGCGUGCCGGGUUUGCUGGACAAAAAGCGAAGUCAUUGAACAACUCAAAAUACACUCAACUCUGACUGGACAACGAGUAUCAACAAACAUUUCAAAUUUUUCUCCACUGGGAGGUGUGACAGUACCUGGAACAGUACUGUAAUAAUUUGAAUCAAAACAAUUCACAAAUGUUGUCGGGGGAAAACCAGUGCAAAUUUGAUUAUUUAAGUUUAGUCAGUAAAUACGGAUAGUAAUUUACCCUAUUUGACAGGAUGUUUCAGAAUUAUAGUCAGUGAAUAGUUUUUUACUGUGGUUUUAUAUAAACGUUAAAAAGAACAGCCUUAUAUAUAGUUUUCAUAUGAACAUCGAAGCGAACAGUAAUUACACUGCUUAGUAUUGUCAAUUACCAGUCAUAUAUGUUUUUGUGUUGCUGAUAAUUCUACUGUUCUAUCGAUUUAACAACGUUUGUAUUAUUACACUAUAGCAUGUGUACAGUUAUUGGUGCCUUUGGCAUAUAUAAAUAUUAAUACUGUAAGCAUUUGUAUUAAGCAAACAUUUACUGUAUAUAUAAGAACGUUUUAUUUUAAGAACGUUUUAAUAAAGAUUGAAAGUUACGUAGGGAAAACCCAUCAAUAGAAGCUAAGCUUCGCGUUCAACGACAAACGUCAGGCGAAGAAAAAUUUUACGCUAUAAAGCAAUAAAAAGUAAAUGGGCUUGUUGUUUUAUACCUAGAAUGCUUAAUUAUUCCUGUAUGUGUCAUAUGAAAGAAAAUAUGACACGCAGAAAUCGAACGAAAAUUAUGCCAAGGCUCAAGAAAAAUCGGUCUUGCCAUUUGCUGUUCCCGCUAAUGUUUAUGCCAGCUCAUGUGCCGCAACGGACGAAAUUUCCUCAUUUCGAUCAACUGUGUUCGUUUGUUUCCUUUCUAAAUUAAUUAAUGUAACACAGUGCACGUCUCGAGGGUCUACGCAUGUUUUAAAAUAUCGUCACAAAAACAAAAUGCAUCAAGAUUUAUAGCUGGACGAUAAUUCAGGAGAACCCUGUAACAAACACAAUGUCAAAUACGAAUUUAUUAUACAUACUAGAAAUACAUGCAUGCAGUAACCCCUCACCAAUAUUUCCAUACAUUAAACAUGAAGUAUUCAGAAAUGACCAGCACUGAACGCAGGCUCGCGCUCAAGUGUUGCCAUGACAACACGAUAUUCCACAGGUGGCCCAGGCUCCGUGUGGGUAUUUAUUUAUUUUUUAAUUUUAUUAUAUUUUGCAUUGAAUAUGACUUUAAAUUAUAAAGUAUAACUUACUAGUUUCCUUUAUGUAUUAAGUGUGAUUUGGGGGUGGUUUUAGUUUGAUAUAAUGACAUAAAAACAUCAUAACAAUGCGUGUUCUAAAUCGUCCUCGAAAAGUGAAAAGCAACAUUUCAAAUCAAAAACAUUGUGUAAAUAGAAAUAAUCUGAUACAGAUUCAAACCAAGAGAGCCAUUCCUGGGACUCAGGCACAUAACCGCUUACCAACCUUUAGCUGUUUACCAACAUCUUUCACUCCAACGUAAGAUCCUUAAAUGCUAAGAUUGAUGAUUUGCAAACUGUCACCCAACAAAAUAACGUAGAUGUAAUCGCCAUAACAGAAACUUGGUUAAAUUCUAGAAUCACCGAUGAUCCAAUAUCCCUCCCAGGCUACUCUAUUGUUCGAAAUGAUCGUGAAAAUGGCAAACGGGGCGGAGGAGUGUGCGCUUUUAUUAAGUCCAAUAUACCCUUUUCCACCCUUCCUAAUUUUAGUGUCCCCGACGUCGAAGGUGUGUGGUUAAAACUCAGACCUUACCGACUACCUCGCGAACUAUCCUGCAUCUUUGUUGGCGUGAUUUGCCAUCCACCACUAGCAGACAACAAUAUCCUGCAAGAUUACCUUAUUUCCACGGUAGAUAAACUAUUAUUAGAGCAUCCUAACGCAGGAAUUAUGAUAUUGGGUGAUUUUAAUCAUUUUGACUACAAAACAUUAUGCCGCCAUUCCUUCUUGAAACAAACUGUUAAGAAACCUACCAGGCAAUCAGCCAUUUUAGAUUUGAUCUUAACCAAUAUGCACAAGUGGUACAACGAACCUGAAAUCUUACCAGCAAUUGGCUUGUCUGACCACCUGUCCGUUCUUGCUACUCCUGCUGUUCAAGCUAAACUACCCAAUAAUAUUAUUAAGAAAACUGUACGUAAAACAAAACCGUCUAGCAUAACAUCACUUGGAAAAUUCGUCAAGUCAUUGGACUGGAGUCACCUUUACCGCUUACCUUCUUGCCAAGAUAAAUGCGACCUUUUCUACAACCUACUUAUGUUAGGACUAGAUACCUUCCUGCCAAAGAAAAAGGUUAAAGUUCAUUGUAGGGAUAAACCAUGGAUCACUCCGGAUUUAAAAAAGCUUAUAUCAGACAGACAACAUGCAUUAGCUGCAGGAAAUCGUAAUUUGUAUAAUCAACGUAGAAAUGAUGUCCGCAGAGCAAUAAAACAAGCAAAACCUUCCUAUUUUCAAACUCAGGUUAAACAUCUUAAAACCGCUGAUCCAUCGAAAUGGUGGAAAGCCGUAAAAAAUCUGGCAGGCUACACUUCAGAUAAGUCCUUUCAUUCUGUGAUCAAUGACAACCGAAUAUUAGAAGGUAAAAACCUAGCAAACGCUAUCAAUGAAUCAUUUGUUGCUGUUAACAAGUCUAUGCCUCCUCUUUCCGAAUUCGAUAAACAAUUCCUUAUAGCGCCUUGCGAAUACCACAUCCCAGUAGAACUAAUUGAACGUCGCUUAGAAAAAGUUAAAAUAUCAAAAGCGCCAGGCCCUGAUAGUAUACCUAAUUGGCUACUAAAAGAAUUCUCGGCUGAACUUGCUACACCAGUGGCAUCUAUCUUUAAUGCCUCCAUUGCCCAAGCUCAAGUACCUUCACAAUGGAAAGCGGCUGACAUUAUCCCUAUUCCAAAGACCCACCCAGUACAGGAUAUUAACAAUGACCUCAGACCAAUAUCUCUCACCGCUACGUUAUCUAAAGUUUUAGAGUCAUUUAAUGCAGAAUGGAUCCGUGAUAGCAUCUGCCAGAAACUCGAUCCAAAACAGUUCGGAGCAAUUCCCGGCUCCUCUUCAGUUGAUGCCUUAAUUAGCUUACUCCACUCCCUAUACGCUGACUCAGAUGGAAAUGGUAAAACUGUGCGUUUAUUCCUACUGGACUUCAGCAAGGCUUUCGAUCGGAUUAACUAUAAGAUACUAAUCACAAAGAUGCGCAAAUUGGAUAUAAACCCAUCCGUUAUCAAUUGGGUAAUUGACUUUUUGUCCGGAAGGAGACAGCGGAUUAAAAUGGGUAACGUAUUUUCAGAUUGGUCUGCAGUAAACGGUGGGGUACCCCAAGGAACAGUGCUCGGUCCUAUACUCUUCUUAAUUAUGAUAAAUGACUUGGUUACUGAGCAUGAUCGAAGGUGGAAAUUUGUGGAUGAUACAAGUGUCUCUGAAGUUAUUAAUAAAGGUGAGCAAGGGAAGAUGCAAUCCCUUGUUAAUGCGAUAAACAGCUGGUGUAUAAAGAAUGACAUGAAACUUAAUCAAUCUAAGUGUAAAGAUAUGAUCAUCUCGUUUGCGAAAGAUCCUCCAAAACUGGCCCAAUCUUCGUAAACAAUCACAAACUAGUUCCUGUAUCUUCAGCAAAAAUCCUAGGCACUUAUAUUUCCACAGACUUGAAAUGGAACACACACAUAAACUAUAUUGUAUCCAAGGCUUCUAAGCGCCUAUAUUUUUUACGCAUAUUAAAACGGGCUGGACUUGAUCAUACAUCCCUUUUAACCGUCUAUACUACCUGCAUAAGAUCAGUCCUCGAAUACGGUUGCCAAUUAUGGAACUUUGGUGCUUCCCAAUACCUUUCUGAUGACGUCAAGCGGGUCCAAAAGCGAGCACUAAGAAUAAUUUAUCCUGAUCUAUCUUACAGGAAGGCCUUGGAGGUUAUUCCGCUUCCAAAUCUUUCACAAAGACGAGAUGAACUUUGCAGAUCACACCUUAAAAGAAUGACUAAACCAAGUCAUAAAUUGUACUAUCUUCUCCCUGACAAACGUACUAACAAUCUUAGAAAUAACGACAAUUUUACACACAUUUGGUCUUGUACCAACCGUUUUAAAAAUAGUUAUAUACCAAGUAGUGUAGUAUCUUUUAAUACCUAUACGUCUUAAUAAACUAUAUAAUAUAUAAUCAUAUCUUAAUUAUUAGUCUUUAACUUGUAAUUUUAUAAACUGUAUUUUUAGAACAUUAUGUAAACCGAGCAAUUCAGCUUUGUAGCUGCAAAUCGUUUUUUUUUUAUAAUAAUAAUAAUAAUAAUAAUAAUAAUAAUAAUAAUAGACUGGCUUUAUAUAUUGUAAAAUAUUGUAAAGAAAAAGCCUAAAUACACACUUGAUUCGAAAUAUUGGCGGACGUACUUGUUUACUGUGUCAUUUACUUCACACUCGUCGAUUUUCAGGUUAUUCCGUUGAACACGGCCGAUAUUAUCCAUCGGCCAAUAUUACCCACUAUCAAUAACGCAAAGGUAGGUAGCUGUAACGCCGGGCGAACUUGGGCGAGACAUAAAUCUCAACAAAACUCGCCGUUAAAAUAUUUCCAAACGCUUCUAAAGCAGCGGCUACACAUAUUUAUGUUUAUUCAAUCUUCCUAACGUGUAAAAUCCUUUCCUUCGCUUUUCCUUGAAGAAUUAGAACUUAGAAAGAAAGAAUUAGAAUUAAUGUAAACAAAAGCACUUUCUCCGCACUCGUGAGUCGAUCUGCUCUGGAACCAAACCGUUAAAAUUUGAAUUUUUCAAAUUUUGUAACCGCGCCGCUUGUUAAAAUAUUUCUCCUCAACCCUCCUGAUCUAUUAUCGUGCACAAUCGUGCACGAUCUAUUAUCGUGUUCAACGGAAUAGUCUGAAAAUCGACGAGUGUGAAGUAAAUGACACAGUAAACAAGUAAGUCCACCAAUAUUUCGAAUCAAGUGUGUAUUUGGGCUUUUUUUAACAAUAUUUUAUAAUAUACAGGGUGUAUCAAAAAAAGCGCAAUCCUCGACUGAAAUGUAAAUUGCUAAACAAAUAAUAGACGAAAACGUUAACGUUUACAUUCAUUUUAAAGCGUAGCCACUCAGCUUUCUAACAGUGGGUUGUUUCUUAAAUUUGACUCAUUGGUUCGCGGGUAAUAAUACUUUACGUUAUUGCGAUUGGAGAUUAAAAAAAUUGAGAUGGAAUAACAAAUCGUUCUCAUGAAAAUAACUGAUUUUUUUCAUCAAAACAAAAAAAUGUUGCAUUUUAUUAAAUGAAUUGUAACAAUAAGUAUAAUUACGGUUUUCUUCCACUAUUUUUAACUCAGUUUGAAACUUCAAAUGCGAUAUAAUUUUGGCUUGGACCAUCUAAGCUGACUGACAUCAGCUUGCUAUAAUUUCUGUUUACAUUACAUCGCAAUUCGAUGACACUCUGGCUCAGACACCAGAAUGUUUUGACGAUUUUUAGCAUUCGUUUAGGAUUUUCAAACAACCUGGUCUCUUUUAAAAUACUUUUAAUUUGUUCUUACGUGGUUUUCCAGAUGUAGUGACGACAAUAUUAAAGUUUAAAGAAGAAAAUUAUAACAUUUAAACCAACUAAACAAUAACAUAGUAAACUUGCAUAAUUAAACAGCAACUAAAAACGAUAGGUUUUACUAAAUCUUUUCCUGUGUAAUUAUUACUAGCAUUGGAGACAAGAAUAAUAGUUUGUUUGAAAGAGAAAAGAACAGGCUUUAAAGUAAGCCUAAAAGCGUUUAACUAGAAAUAGUAUAUCGAAAGUUAUUAAGCACAAAAGAUGGAUUGCGUUUAUUUUGAUACACCCUGUAUAAAGCCAGUAUAUUAUAUCGCAUUGUUAUGAUGUUUUUAUGUCAUUAUAUCAAACUAAAACCACCCCCAAAUCACACUUAAUACAUGAAGGAAACUAAGUAAGUUACACUUUAUAAUUUAAAGUCAUAUUUAAUGCAAAAUAUAAUAAAAUUAUAAAAUAAAUAAAUACCCACACAGAGCCUGGGCCACCUGUGGAUAUUCUUAAAUUUUUAUUUUCAUAUAUUUUGUACAAAACUGCAAAAUAGUUGAAACAUUUGUAUUUUUAACUAUGCAACAAUAAAAUUCCGAAAUAUAUACUAGUCAGCUGUCGAGGCAAGUCAUUAAUCUUGUCAGCAGUAAUUUUUAUACAUUGCGAUUUUCUCGUGAAGAUUGAAGUAAUUGUUUUCACUAUUUUCACUAUAUAUUCAGAAUGCCACCUAAAAAGUUGCAAGCGAGGAAGCGAGCCCUUCGAACGGCAGACGAAGACCCAUCAGCACAACGCAGCCGUCGGCAAUCGACUAGGAACUCGACGUUGGCGUCCCGUUCGACUGUAGUUGUGGCAGCCGAAGAUGAUUCCAGUGGUAUACCGCCGUCCAAUGUGCCUCCUAUCACGGUUCAGCAACUCGAUCCCGGACUGGUACAAUCAAUAGUGUCUACCGUUGCAGCGGAGGUCACCCGACAGGAGCGUCGUUUGUCUGCGCCACCAUUGCCUGCAAGUUCAGCCACGACUCUGGUGGAGGGAGCGAUAGCUGCGGCUCACUCUAGGAUAGCAGGUGCGCCUCAGUUAUUGCCUACUAAUGUAAUUCCUCCUAGCGUUAGUACUCCUAGCAACAUUGUUCUUUCGGCGAGUUUGCCGAUUGACUCUCAGAUUUCCUCAAAAAUUAAAGAAAAAAAUUUGGAAUGAGGAGUUCGUUGAUUUUGGAUCGUUGUUGAGCAAUCCGGGGCAGGAAAAAUACCAGAUUUCGGUCCAAAAUUCCGACGCCGGAAUCCCGGCUUCAUUUUGUCUCGAACCAAUGUCGCGAACUAAAAAAAUCACUUCCAUCGAGGUUUGGCAACAGGCUUUUCAUAUUUUUGUUGGCGUUUACACGCAAAAAAACCCACAGGAGGCCCCCGCUCUCAUGAAAUAUGGGCAAACUAUUCGGGACUUGGCUGUGCGCGGUCAGAACUAGCGUUAUUAUGAUGAAAACUUUAGAUAUUUACGACGCACGCAGGCGAGCCUGGUCCCUUGGGGUUCGAUACACGGUGAACUGUGGUUGCGUUCGCAAUACCCAGUUAGAGCGCCGCCGCCAAAUAAACAAAUGAGCGGAAUUUCAAAAACUGUAGGCCCUUCAGUGCCUUCAGGAUUUUGUUUCAAAUUUCAUCGCGGUCAGUUUUGUGCAACUGGCAGUUGCGGUUUUAAGCAUACUUGCUUUAAAUGCAACAAAGGUAUGCAUCGUGUGAGUCAGUGUAAUUUUCGUGACUCAACCAGUAAAUCAAACGCCAGUGCUGUCCGUCAAGCCAAGUCUCCCAACACCAGUCAAGCUCAAACCUCUAGUUAAGUAUCUUUCUGGUUAUCAGCCAGAUAUUGUUAAAUAUAUUAUUUCCGGCUUUUCAGCCGGUUUUCCCUUGCAUUUCGAAGGGCAUCGACAUUUUUUAUACCCAAAAAUUUACCUUCGGCUUUACAAAAUCCUACACAUGUAGACAGGAAACUGGAACAAGAGUUGGCUGCAAACCGAAUAGCCGGUCCGUUCACGUCUCCUCCAUUUCACUCUUUUUGUGUUUCACCGCUUGGCCUAAUUCCAAAGAAAAUUCCAGGUGAUUUUAGGCUGAUUCAUCACUUGUCCUUUCCGAAAGGAAUUUCGAUAAAUGAUGGAAUAGCUUCAGAGAACACACAUGUUCAAUAUGCCACGGUCGCCAAUGCUAUAAGACUUAUCAAACGCGCGGGACCGGGCUGUUAUUUGGCCAAAACUGAUAUCAAAAGCGCAUUUAGAAUCAUACCGAUUCAACCAAAUGACUACCCUUUGUUAGGGAUGAAAUGGCGGGGACUAUAUUAUUACGACCGCUGCAUGCCAAUGGGUUGUUCCAGUUCGUGUAAGACAUUUGAAAUUUUUAGCACAGCUAUUGAAUGGAUUGCUCGACAUAAGCUCGAAGUCGACGAGCUCCUCCACUUAUUAGAUGAUUUUCUUUUUGUUUCUGCUAAAUAUAUUCAGUGUGAAUCGAAUUUAAGUCGUUUUAUUUGUUUAUGCAACCAACUUGGCAUCCCUAUAGCACCAGACAAAACGUUUGGCCCGUCCACUACUCUAACCUUAGCUGGUAUAGAGUUGGACUCUAUUAAGUCCGAAGCGCGUCUACCGAGAGAUAAAAUUGCUAAAUGCGUAGAAACUAUCGAAGCAUUUUUGAAACGCAAAAAAGUACAGCUGGGAGAGCUACAAUCUUUGAUUGGGCUCCUAAAUUUCGCGACGAGCGUUAUAACACCCGGUACUGCCUUUCUCAGGCGUUUUUAUGAUCUCACGCAAGGUGUGACAAAUCCACAUCAUUUUAUACGAUUGCGUUCUGAGGCUAAGGCCGACUUACGGGUUUGGUUAGCAUUUUUAUCUUCGUUUAAUGGAGUUUAUUUUUUUCGAAACGAAAUUUGGGAAAAUUCGAUUAAAUUAAAGUUAUUUACCGAUGCGGCCGGCCCUAUUGGUUUCGGCGCGAUUUUUGGCAAUGCUUGGUGCUAUGGGCGAUGGCCUGUUCAUUGGUUGCAUCGUAACAUCGCUAUUUUGGCGUUCUAUCCUAUCGUCCUCAGUUUAUGGCUAUGGGGCAACAAAAUGCGAAAUCAUUCUAUUUUAUUUUUUACCGAUAACGAAGCACUAGUUCAUGUUAUUAACAAACAAUCAUGCCGGGAUAAAAUUUUAAUGGUUUUUGUUCGUAAGUUGGUCCUAGUCUGCUUAGAACACAACAUUGCAUUCAAGGCCAAACAUAUUCCGGGUACUAAUAACAAGUUAGCUGAUAGCUUAUCUCGAUUGCAGGUUCAAACUUUCAAACAACUGGCACCAGCGAACAUGAAUCCAUUGCCUACGGACAUACCCCUGCACUUGCAGCCUCGAAGCUGGGCGAUAUAAUUACGCAUUUGACAACAUCUAGCUUGCAGCCCUCGUCAAUUCCUACUUACACUAGAGCUUGGAAACUGUUUACUCAAUUCCACAGUACGUUGUUUCAGAUAGCUGGUUUCAGCUUGCCGAUAAUGCCUGCUACUAUGGCGCUGUUUAUCGCAUAUUUAUUCGAGCGAAAUUAUGCAUCGUCGACGGUUAAUACAUACAUAUCAGCUUUAAGUUAUUCGCACAAACUGUCAGGAUUACCAGAUCCCACGCGAGUAUUCUAUAUCAUGCAAAUGUUAAAAGGCUAUGGCAAAAAUGGUGCACGGCUAGAUAGUCGUUUGCCAAUAACAUUACCCAACCUGAGAAGCUUACUAGAGGUGUCACCUCGCAUUAGUGGUUCUAAUUACCAAAUAUGUCCAUUCAAAGCGAUGUGCUCAUUGGCAUUCUUUGCAUUCUUAAGGAUUGGGGAAAUUACUACAACAAAGAAUACCGGUUGCCAGCCAUUACAGUUACACAAUCUCGCUUUCAGUUGUGACUCGAAUAACCGAGUGGUUGGUAUCAAAUUAACCUUUCACGAUUUCAAGCAUAAUUACAACCAACGUCCAUUUACAUUGAUAAUUAACCGGUAAAGUACUUGUUGUCCUAUUCAAUUACUCCUGGACUAUCUCGCCCUACGGGGCGACACCAAGGGUGCAAUCUUUAUCACGCGCGGCGGAAUAGCAGUAGCUCGCGAGGCAUUUGCUUUACAGCUGUCUGAAGCAAUACGACUGUGUGGUCUGGACCCAGCUCGCUACAAAGGGCAUAGCUUUCGUAUUGGUGCAGCCUCGUACGCGGCAAGUCAGGUGAUGCCCGAUUCGCAAAUUCGUAUCAUCGGUCGAUGGAAAUCUAAUGCAUUCCAUAAGUAUAUUCGAGUUUUUGGGCACGGCACCCCUAAAAUGGGCACCCGUGCCCAAAAUUUUAGGCACGGCACCUCUGCCUUUUUGCAUGUAAACGUGACAAAAAUCGGCACCGGUGCCGCAAAAUUUAAACGUGCCGAGACUUUCUCACGAGGUAGUCUCGGCACGUCUAGCAAGGGGUGCCGUGCCCAAAUUUCGAAAAAAAUAAAAAAUGUGUUCGACAUCGAGCAUGCGCAAAACAAGUUGUCCUCUUUCCAACAUGGCAGCAAGCGGCGAAAAACUACAACUUGCCAAAAAUUUAAAAAAAAACAAAGUUAAAAAACAAAUUUAACACAGAAUGUGAAUGUUGCUCUAGUUGACUUGGAAAUUUUGAUACCACUGUUCGUCGCUGAAUAGAGCAGUAACUAGGUCGUAGCAAAUAUAGCUGUCGUUCGAUGCGUCCAUACCUCUCAAAUUCGUGGCGGGUGAAUACAAGAUGGCACAACAUUUAUGCGAGAAAACAACUCCUUUCGUCUUUAAGGGCCUGUUCAUAUAGGCAAAGGUUUCGACUAGCCAAAUAUACUUUUGUUCUGUUCACAUGCAUGGAGAAACGUUAUUCCGCUUACCAGGUAAAGUUUCCGGCUGUGACAUAGCACUGAAUAUCAAUUGAAUUGAAAAGUUACUGACACGACAGAAAGCUAUCCUGCCAAGCGGGAACUAGAGUUGUGUUCAUCUGGGAAAAACAUUAUCACUUGACAAGCGAGAUCUCGGUACGUACACGGGAAAACGUUUUGUCUUAUAUGAACGCAGUGCAAAGUAACUUUUCAUAUUACUUUCAUUCCAAGGCGAGAUCUCGCUUGUAAACUUUUCGAAAAGAUUUUUCACUAAUCAGGAUAACUUUUGCCCAUAUGAACUGGUCCAUAUCACUUUGCCCAUAUGAACUAGUAUUGAAUUGGUUUUUCCCUCGAUUUUCGGCUCAUAUAAUAUUCUUCUUCGUUCCAAUAAAUAUAAAUAUAUAAUUCUAUUUCUGGCCGGCAUAUUUAUUCUUUAAAAUAUACCGUCGUAAACGGAAAAUAGAGGUGCCGUUUUCCGAUGGGCACGCACUGAAUAUCAAUUGAAUUGAAAAGAUGCUGAUAUGACAGAAAGUUAUCCCGCUAAGCGGUAAAGUUGUGUUCAUGCAUGUGGGAAAAACAUUAUCCCGGUCACCGAAAUCAGGCUUGUCAACAAGCGAGAUCUCGGUACACGGGAAAACUUUUUGUCUCAUAUGAACGCAGUGUAACUUUUCAUAUUAUUUUCAUACCAAGGCAAGAUCUCGUUUGUAAACUUGUCGAAAAGUUUUCUCGCUAACCGGGAUAACUUUUGCCCAUAUGAGCUGGCUACUUUUCUAGUAUUGAAUUGUUUUUCCCCUCGAUUUUCGGCUCAUAUAAUACUCUUCUUCGUUCCAAUAAAUAUAAAUAUAUAAUUCUAUUUCUGUCCGACGUAUUUAUUCUUUAAAAUAUACCGUCGUAAACGGAAAGUAGAGGUGCCGUUUUCCGAUGGGCACGGUGCCUAUCAUAAAAGUGUGUUUACAAAACGUUGUCGUGUAAACGAGUAAAUAGCGGGGUGGCGGUUUUGGCACGGUGCCCAUUUUCAGGGGUGCCGUGCCCAAAACGCUUGUCGUGUAAACCGGCCUUUUGACAUCAUUUUGCUAAUAUGAAUGUGAAAAAUCCAUAUUUGGUUAGCCGCCACUGAGUUGAUAUGACAAUUUCACAGUUGGCUGUUAGCCAAUCAGAAACCAGAAAUUUUUUACAUAAAUAACAAGAUUUAUCCUUUAUAUAUAAGAUAAUUUCCAUAGUUUAUUGUCAUAAUCACCAUGAAUUACAAAGACUACAGGUUCAUAUUGGUACAAGGUAAUGCAGGGUGUAAUAUGUAUACUUGGUUUGGUGAAUAAUCCAAGUGAAAACUAAGUCCUCUGGCAGUAAUCAAACCUAUGGCCCUGCGAUUCUGGACCUCAGUUG